AUGCCGCACAUUCCGAACCUUCGAAGCUAUGAGAAAAAGACACCACAUGGAAUCCCGAAGCUCAUCAUUGGACCACCCAGAACGGAUAGCACCGACUCCACCGAGAGAGGUUCCGUGUCGGUCAAGCCCCAGGGAUACCUUGACAAUCCCAGCGUGAUCUACUCACAAUGGAAUCAAAAUGCCGGCGGGAUUGAAAAACGUCUGGGCUCCUUUGAUUCGCCUCCCAAGGUCUGUUUGAUUGGUGGAGGAAUCUCCAACGUGGUGACCGCCUUCGAGCUUGUCAAGGCCGGUGCAGACGUCACACUACUCGAAGCUACGGGAAAAGUGGGCGGUCGCUUGAAGUCCCUCGCCAUGCCGGACUCGAGUGACACCAAUAAUGUAGCCGAGAUGGGCGCCAUGCGCUUCCCGCCCUCAGAAGACUUACUGUACUAUUAUGCCGAGCAAAACGGGUUCACGUUUCUGCCUGACUUUCCAGACCCAGGGGUCAAGCCGACGGUCAUCUCGUAUCAGAAAUCCCAAUACCUCUGGACGAACCCCAAACAACCACCACCAGGCUUUGAGACCGUGUACGGCGGUUGGAAUGAAUUCAUCUCCAAGGGUGUUACCGAACACAAAGGCACCGAACACGUGCUGAUGCCCUCCCACCAAUUGCAGGAAAUGCUCAAGUCGCCCGAACUCUCGCAGCGGCGCGCAGUAAUUCCUCACUGGCAGAAGUAUCUGGAAGUGUUUGCCCACGACAGCUUCUACCAAGGAUUGCAGAAGAUAUUCGGCAAAAAGCACCAAUGGGACGUUCCGAACGGCAAUGUGUGGACCCAGGAUGAUUUCUCACGCUUUGCAGCGCUCGGCGUAGGAAGUGGAGGCUUUGGCCCCAUGUUCCCCAUCUCAUUCAACACGAUAUUCCGCAUGAUUCCGAAUGGCCUUGAAACAGAGCAACAGGUCUUCGCCAAGGCGCAAGACAGCGGACCCCCGAGCCCAGCCGGCAUUCAAGAUCUGGCAGCAACAAUUCUCCAGAAAACCAUUGAUCUCGAGCGCAAGUUCACGUUCAAACCCAACACUACUGGGGAUGUCGUCAACUUGAAGGGCGAUCCGUCUAGUGGAGUAACGCAUAUGACAGUCGACGUCAGCGAGGCUCCGACCAACGGCGGGUCUGCAGCGACCAACACAUACAAUCUGGUCAUCGUGGGCACCACGACACGCGCAAUGGACGUCAACAUGUCCAUCUCGAACCUCGACCCAGAAGACCAACCUUACUUCUCAAACAGCGUAUGCGAGGCGAUAAACGACAUACACAUGGCCUCCUCAUCCAAGCUGUUCAUCCGGACCGCAAAAUUCUGGGAGCGCGACCCCCCCGACCCCAACUUCCCACGGCUCAUCCUCUCCGACACCAAGCUCCCCCAACUAUACACGCUCGACUACGGCAACCGCGACUACGGCAUGGUCCUCGUCACAUACGCGUGGGAGGACCUCUCCACCAAGAUCUCCGCCCAAACCGACCCCAUGGCGCUUCUCGCCGUCCUGAAGAAACAGGCCGCAAGCAUCAUGAAGCACACCCACUACCCAGCGUGGGCGAGCAACCUCGUCCCCGUCAACAGCGGCGACGACGGGUUCCUCGUGCACUGGCAGCUCGAUCCGCAGAUGGAAGGCGCCUUCGCGCUGGGCUACCCCGGCCAGGAUGGCUUGACGCACCGCAUGUUCUUUGACUUCACCAAGCUGGUGACGGGCAAGGAGGCGCUGGCGCCCGUUUUGCUGGGUGGUGACUCGAUCAGCUUCACGGGCGGCUGGAUCGAGGGCGGGUUGCAGUGCGCUAUGAAUAACGUUUCGGCUGUCCUCAAGGCGUAUGGGACUCUUGAGCCGAGGGCGGCGAAGUUCGCGCCUGUCAAUUUGAUGAGGAGUGAGGACUAUGGUUAUAAGGAGCCGAGAGGGGGUGCUCGUGGGGCGGUCAGGGAUACGAAGGGUGGGGGUGGGAAGGUGGAUGAGUUUGUAAGGUAG